ACAUGUGAAGCCGUAGUUUAAGAAUACAUACGGAACGGUUUAGUUGUAGGUCAAUAUAAAAAGAAAUUCAACUCUUCAUCGUACCAUCGAAUUGUCUAGCGUUUCAAUCAAUAAGUGUUUGUGUUUAUUUAAAUUUUCAAAACAUAACAAAAUGAAUCGUUUUGUUGUAGUUCUAGUGUUUGCCUCAUUGGCUUUUACUAACGCCCAAAAAGGUGAAACAAAUUUCCAAUGUCCAAAUGACAAAAGUGGCCAAUACAAAGAUCCUGUCCAAUGCGAUAAAUACUACGAAUGUGACGAUGGUGUGGCCACCGAGCGAUUGUGCCCAGACGGUUUGGUGUUUGACGAAACCAUUCGGCUGAAGAACAAAUGCGACCAGCCAUUCAACGUUGACUGCGAGGAUCGUACAGAACUUCAACCACCAAAGGGAAACAACGAAAAAUGUCCACGCAAAAAUGGCUUUUUCGCCCAUCCAAACCCAGCCGUGUGCAAUCUCUUCUACAACUGCAUUGACGGUGACGCCAUCGAAAUCAAAUGUACCUCUGGAUUGCAUUUCGAUGAAUACUCAGGCACCUGUGUCUGGCCAGACACAGCUAACCGUGAAGGCUGCAAAUCCGAAUUAGAACUCGCCGCAGAUUCGGACGUCGAUGACGAUGGUUUCCGUUGCCCAACCCAAAGCACCAAAGUCAGCGAUUCCAAAGGUCAAAUUGUUGCUCAUCCAAAAUACCCACACGAAACUGACUGCCAGAAAUUCUAUGUGUGCUUGAACGGUGUUGACAAGCGUCCACUCGGCUGCCCAGCUGGCCAAGUCUACAACGAUGCCACAGAAAUGUGCGAUGCACCAGAAAAUGUUCCAGGAUGCGAGGACUGGUACAAGGAGGAAUCCGAAGACAGCAAACCAUCAAAGAAAUCGAGAAAAUAAAUGCUGUGAGCAAUCAAUGAUUGUUGCCAUUCGAUAGACUUAUUUUUUUCGUUUGUAAUCGUUUUCAGUUUGCGUAAAAAAAAUUGUUUCUAGUUUUUGAUUUUGUUUAUGAAAGCGUAAGACAGGAUAAAAAAAAAUUCAACAACAAACACCAAGAGAUUUUAAUAUGUAAAAUUAUAACGAAAACACUUAAGUUAA